AUGUCGCUGUCGAAGCCGGUCUCGGCGCGCCGCCUCACGCCGGCGCUCUUCCCGCUCGCGCACGCGGACGCCGCCUCGGCCGCGGCCUCCCGCCGGGAGCUCCGCAAGGACACGUUCGUCGCCACGCCGCCGACCCCCGCGCCCUCCCCGCGGGCCCUGCGCCUCGCGGAGCCGCUCCCCACGCUGGCGCCGUCCCGCCUCGCGUUCCACAACCGGAUCCUCGCGCUCCUCUCUGGGCCCCAGGCCGACCUCCCCGAGGCGGUGCUCCUCACCCGCCACGCGCUCCACUCCAACUGCCGCCCCUCGUCCUGCACCUGCGCCGCCGUCCUCGCCGCGCUCCUCCGCGCGCGCCGCCUCGAGGACUUCUUUGCGCUGCACCGCUUCGCGCUCCAGGCCGCCGUCCCGCCCACCGCCGCCACGCACGUGCUCUACCUCUCCGCGCUCGCCGCGCGCCACCUCGACGACGGCGCUCUCCACCACCUCCGCAUCCUCGCCCGCCCCGGAUCCCCCGUGCCACCCUCCCCGACGGCCUACCGCGUCGUCGUCGAGUGUCUUGUCGACCACGGCCGGCUCGCGGAUGCCGUCGAGCUCAAGGAUGAGAUGCUUGACUCUGGAUUCGUCGGGCCGGAUCCCAAGGUCUACAGAAUCCUCAUGGCUGGGUUCUUGGGUGCUGGGGAUGGAGCCAAAGCCAUGGAGCUGUACCAAGAACUCAAGGACAAGGUUGGGGGCGAGCCAGUUCUUGAUGGCAUUGUGUAUGGGACUCUCAUGAAAGCGUACUUCCUUAUGGGAAUGGAGGAGAAGGCUAUGGAGUGUUACAAAGAGGUGCUCGGUGUUGAAUUGGCGGUGAGGUUUGGGGCCGAGAGCUACAAUGAGGUGGUUGAUGCGCUUGGGCAGAAUGGGAGGUUGGAGGAUGCACUUAAGCUGUUCGACAGAAUGCUUGGGGAGCAUGACCCUCCACUGCGGAUUGCAGUUGAUCUGAGAAGCUUCAGGGUGAUGGUUGAUGCAUAUUGUGCUGCUGGGAGAUUUGAAGAUGCAAUUGCAGUGUUCAGAAGAAUGGGAGAAUGGAAGCUGGUGCCUGAUGUGGCAUCCUAUAAUAAUUUGAUUCGGCACCUGCAGAUUAACCAGUUGAUAGAUAAGGUGGAGGUGCUCUACAGUGAGAUGUGUGAGAGUGGGGUUGGUGCGGAUGAGGAGACAUAUUUACUGCUCAUGGAAGCAUGCUUCAGUGUCGACCGCAUCGAUGAUGGUAUCUCUUACUUUGACAAAAUGAACAAUUUGGAGCUGAAGCCUGAUGCAACUGCAUAUCAUAAACUUGUUGAUGGCCUGGUGGGUUUCAGUAUGGUCGACAAGGCUCAGGAAUACUUCGAUCAGAUGAAGGAGAAGGGAGUUAGCCCAAGCAUCUCAACCUACGAGACAUUGCUGAAGGCAUAUAUUGCUGCUGACCGGUUAGAUGAUGCAGUCAAGGUUGCAAAAGGUAUUCUUUUGGAUGAGAAGGUUGUGUUCAGCGAUGGAAUGAGGGAGCUCUUGGAAGGAGCAUUACGUGGAGAUGGGAGGGAAAAUGACAUCGCCAAGUUAUAUGAGGAUGUGGAGAGGGAAAAGGCUGAAGCAGAAGCCCGGGCUGCAGAAGAGAAGGUGAGGGCAGAGGCUCUUGCCAGGGAAGAGAGGGAGAGAAGGAGGGCAGAGAUUGCUGCUAAGGAUGAAGCCGCAGCAAAAGCCAGUGCCGCUGCCAUUGAAGCUAUCCUAGCCCAUAAAAGGAAGACUGAGAAUGAAGGAGCGCCUGCUCUUGAUGCAAACACCCUGGAUGGUGGCUUUCUCAGUAAGCUAGGCCUUAAAUCAGCUGGAGAAGGGGCACUUCAAGGCAAUCCAACAGAAAGUGGAGACGAUGGAGAAGGGGGCACUUCAAAGCAAUCCAACAGAAAGUGGAGACAUGAAGAAGGGGAACUUCAUGGCAAUCCGGCAGAAAGAAAUGGAGACAAUGUGCCCUAUCUGUGA